AUGGCCUCAAUCACGCCAGACCACACGAUUAUUUACAAGCGCGUAGGUGCGCUCGAGAUCCCCAUGGAUAUCUACUUGCCGAAAAAGGUGGGAAAUGCACCAGUUCUGCUCUGGUUUCAUGGUGGCGGUUUACUUCAAGGACGACGGGACCUAGUUUCUCCUCACAUGCGAAAUGGAGUCCAAACUUAUGGCUUCAUCUGCAUCUCCGCCGACUACCGCCUCACGCCCCAAGUGAGCGUUGGCGAUGUCUUUGAAGACGUCAAAGAUUGUAUUCAGUUCAUCCGCAAUGAUCUCCCCGCUCAUCUAGGCGAGAACAUCAUCGAUGGAUCCCGACUUGCCGUUUCAGGGAGCUCUGCUGGAGGCUUUCUCAGUCUCCUUGCAGGUCUCUACAUCGACCCAAAACCACAAGUCAUUGUUCCCUUGUAUCCAAUCACAGACCCACUCGGUACAUUUUUCACCAACUCACAACCUGCACCAAAUGGACGGUACUCGGCUUCGACAGAGGAGUUGGCUGAAUACCUUGACGUAAAUGCGUCGCCUAUCGCUAGUAGCGGGAAGGUACCUGGUGAUCCUCGGAGCCACCUGUAUGUGUAUAUGCUGCGGAAGGCGAGUCUAGCUCAGCUCUGGGGCAUUGCUGCCGGUGAUGAAAGCGCUGCGGGCCAGUACAGGAUCUCGCGUCAAAUUCAUCAGCAUGCUCUGCCCCCAGCGUAUGUUUUACAUGGAGAUGCCGAUACGGCUGUGGGCGUGGAGCAAUCGGAUGAAGUUGUAGGCGCGAUGCUGGGGUGUGGAUUAACGGUAAAAUAUGAGCGGCCUCAUGGACAAGACCACUUUUUAGACAAUGGAGAUGGCUAUCAAAAUCCAGCACUUUAUGAGUUCAUCAUGCAAUACCUAUGA